AUGCCGCCGCGGGUGUCGGUGAACGAGGCCGCGGCGCAGAUCUGCAAGCACAUUCCGGCGCUGCUCACGCGGCGGGACGAGCUGUUCCCGCUGGCGAGGCAGGCGGUGCGGGACAGCGGUUACCCUUUCUCCAAGGGCCAGUCAAGUGCGGACGACCCUUGCAGGAGCCAGUGCUACGCCAAGUUCGAGGACGAGCCGCCGACCAGCAAGCGCGCCCGGUUGGAGCCGCCGCUGGAGAAGGCGCACAUCGAGGAGGAGAAGAAGAAGAGACAGGAACGCCUGGAAGGCAUCUGCGAGCAGCUGCGACUGCUGGGCCGCCAGCAGGAGGAGCUCAAGGCUCGGCUGCAGGCGUCGCGAGACCUGCCGCCCAACGUGGGAGCCGUGCCGCAGCUCCAGUCCCAGCUGGAGCACAUCUCCACGCAGCAGAUGCAGCUCAUCAACGAGCAGAGCGAGCUCUCCAAGCAGCUGCGACGCAUCGACAAGUACUGUAGCAGCGCAGCGAAAGCCCAGUACGGCCGAUUGUCCUCCUGUUCAGAACAAGACAAAGCGGACACCGAUGACACUGAUUCACAGUUCUCGGCAUACAGCAACAACUCAUCGCCGACACUGAGUCAUGACGCACAUGACUCACCAUCUCAGGACUCAAACCAGUCGAGCAACCUAGCUUCCUCUCAGCAGCACCAGCCUCCGCCGAGCGCCGCAGACGUUUUCAACAUGAAGAUGGCUAGCGUUAAGAAGACCUCGGCGCAGAUUACCAAGCAGCUUGUCCAGGAGACUCUUAUGGACGAGGGCCUCCGAGUCAUCAAGGAGCUGGCGUCGCAGAUCAAGUCUGAGGAAUCGAAUACCCCUAACAGCCACUGCGCCACGGACCUGUCUUCGCCGCCGCCGCCACCGCCACGGCCGCGCGGAAGACCUCCCAGGCUGGACCGGGGCGACUACGUGGGCACGUCCCGGAUGGUCCAGGGGGCUCCUCCGCCCCACCCGUCCCUGCAGAAUGGCCACGACCGACCGGGCAGCAACGGGCUCGACCUGCACCACCCCAAUGGCCUGGCACCGCCGCCGGCCGUGGACGAGGCAGCCGAUGCCGAGAAUAGCCUGAACGCGCUGCUCGCUCUUUCCCAGAAGAGCUUGAUGAAGCAAGAGCCCGCGUCGCCCGCUAACAUCAAGAUGGACUAAGGCCAGUUUGUACGAGGCGCUGCAGUGACAUCACGCCAUGCACGAUAACGCCGGUCCCUGGAAGUCACUCUUGUAGAGUCGCGGCAAGUUUUUUUUUUUUUUGAAGUGCCAGGAAUAGAUCUUACCUGAGCCUGUGCUAGAUCCGCCGUCAUCCUGAGGUACGUGUGGUUGCUGCCGCCCUUAACACCGUGACACGCUAACGUGGGCGCAGAACCCGCUACACCUAUAUCCAUUGGUCGAUGAGGCGUGGGCGUGCGUGUCCUCCGUCCUGUUCGGCCAGUCCUUCCCAGGUGCAUUAGGUGGCUUCUGUCAUCCAACAGAAUUCGGGCGUUAUUUUUUGUGCUUGAGAGUGUUAUGGGGUACAACAGUGAUGGCGUGUUUUUGUGUACCGAUUUUGUGGUGUACGGCUCGAAAUUGCAAUUUAUUUGUAAGAGCUUCAUAAAAAGAAAUGUCUAUACACGCCGAUUAGAAACCAUAGAGGCGUGCACACUUAAGGCGUCACGGAGUUGUUAUAAAGCUGUGAGGUUAGUUGUGAAACCCCUGCAUGGUAUGCUUACCAGUGCCACGCUAUAGCACCACAGCUGGCAUCACAACCUAAUACAGAGGUAGCGGUGUCUUAAGUUAAACCCUCAAAUGGCUCUAGGAACACUGGGACGGCUUCUGUUUGGUGAAAGACUGCAUACAGUUACAAGGCCGUGUCAUCGAAGCACUGAUGUGCUCUGCCAUUUGUCUGCGAGAAACGUGGGAGAAGAAUGCCUUUCGAAGUGUUGCGGGGACACGCUGGAGAACGCCUUCGAAUGCGCAAAUAUGACGCGUUUUUCUUUCAAACCAGUGCUGGGUUCAAAGCAGCGACUGCGUCGGGCAAAUGACUGCCAUGGCUUGCCCAGAUCUCUGACGACAUCGAAGGCGUCUGGGGCAUUGCCGUAGCGCUUAGCCUAAUAACCAUCAAAUAACCUCGCAUGUGGUGCCAUAUACCGCAAGUCGACUCGCUUCACAGCCAAAGCCUGCCAUGCAAGCCGCCUCGGUUUUUCACCUAGUGUCAUGUGCUGGUGCUGUGCACUGGCUAAAUUCGCGCUCAGUGUGGCAUCCACUCGGCUGGCAAGCUUCAGCAUGCUUGCGGACUGCGCUUGCGCUAUGGGCACGAUUGGUGAUGAGAUGCUGACAUUCCCUGUACAUCAACUCCUCUAGUUCUUUUGCCAUGCCGUGCCGGUGGCACCCUUAAACUGCCUAAAUGCUUACUAUUGGGGCGGGAUUCAUAACUAUUUCUCGUGAGACGCGAAGGUGAGCAUAUUUCCCAGGAGAAAUAACAAUAUGUAGAAAUCUUGCAGCCCUUUUGUGCUGCGCAGGCUUAGUCAUGGACAGCUAAAUACUAGCGCCUAUGUCCGCCGCUUAUGCUGUGUGUUAUGUUUGUUAAGGAUGAAAGCAUGGUGGCAGUGAUCACUGCAACAGUGUUCUGUCCGCUAAUUCCCACCGCUCUCCACUUAAAUCUUUUGCGUGACGUCAUAACGAAGGUAACAGCAUGCCAAGCAACUCAAAGCAUCGUUUCCAAGCAGAUAAUAUGAACCAAAGUUUGUGGUGUUUAUACAUACCUGCGCCAUUAUUAUCUCACCCUUAAUUUACUUCGUCGCUCUUAGUGAAUGUGUCGUAACUAAUAAGCGUUUUGCUAGUGUUUUCCGGCCUACAUUGAAUGGUCGGUGCCGCAGCAGCAACUGUGACAAAACAAACGCUAUGGAAUGUGCUCUUCGAUGUGGGCGCAUUGCUCUACGUUUGCGUGCUGCUGUCAGGCGCCUUUGAUCGUGACACAGUGAGUGUGGCGUGGAGGUUCUCUUUUUGCCGCUUGCUGUAUCUCUUUUUAUUGCAAACGUGUAACAAGAGGUGCGGGUGCUGAUCCGGCGUCCUCCGGUGUGGCCUCACGAGAAAGCUGUUUGUUGGUGCCGCUGUUCACAUUUAAUAUUAACCAGGCCUCAUGAGCAACUGCGCCAUCCUUAGCUUUUCCCGUUUCGAGGUUUUCCCGGUGAUUCAUGCAGGACAUGGUGUAAAUACUUUUGUGCACGCUUAUCUCAAUUCCUGACCUUGUAGAAAAACUCGAGAAGGCAGCGAUUCCUAGCCGUAUUUAGCGUUCGUACUGCAGUACAAUAUCCUUCCAUAUUCCGUUAUUAAAUUGAACUUAUCCUGCAGCAAAGACGCGAGCAUGACCAGGCGAAAGAGCUGCAGGUCACAGCUUGAGGGGAAUCUAGUCACAGCGCAGCUUCGUAGCUGUUGACCGAAAGCGCGGGUUUCACGCAACGCUGGUAAUAAAAACAAGAAAUUCACGCAGAAAAACACAAACGCCACAAUCAGAUUGUAUAAACAAAUGAUCACGGGAAGAUUUCAUGCAGCUUCUUAAAAUAGGUACGACAGGGAUGAAUCAAAAGAGAACGCCUGUAACGCAACAGAGCCCACGAUACAGAUUUUUCACGUAGUUUUUUUCAAAGGCAGCGCCGAUACACCGAGCUCAUUUUCUCUGCGCAUUUGGUUCAGCUAUGUCGGUAAACAAAACCUUAACAUUUGGCGCUUGUAGCUUAGUUCCGCUCCUCUGUACGUUCCAACGUUCGGGCUAGCGUAUGGCGCAAACGGGGAUAGAUGUCUGUGAAGACAGUUGUGUUAACGUGCCAUCACUUUUGAUUUUUUUCUUCUCUAUGUGAGCGGCAACGCCUAUACGUGAAUAACUAUUCGAUUUUGAUAACUCUAACGCUUGAAAAUAAAUGAGCUGUGCGACCGAGACAAGGUACUUUGGAGACUACAUGUAUUGCUCUUUCUUGCAAUACAGUAAAUUUAUGCAUGUUUGCCGUUGAAGUUGAUGCCCAGACGAGAAUUGUGCAUUGAGCUAAAGAAGAAAACAUUGAAUUAUUUGAAAGGAUAAUAAUGGAUGUAGAAAGAUAAUUGCCGUGGCGAAGCAUAGUAACUGUAACUCUAGAUAGCUUACUAAGUGAUAUGCAUGGUAGUUCUUUUUCUUAGUUUCAGAGAAAUAUAAGCCAAGUGAUUUAAAUGACGACAACAUCUCUAUUUCGGUACUGCCUAAAUAUAUGGGGAUAAUCGGAACUCUUUUUUACGAGGGUGACAAAAAUUUGUCUUUCUUCUUGCUAAAUUAACCGUAAGAUAAUUAUUUAUCACCCACGCAUGUAUGUCUGCGAGCGCUUUAUUAGCUCUAUGUGACAUUUUGGUCCCGGAGUCACCUUGCACCGAAUAAUUAUACACUGGAGCCAGGCAGACCCGUUGUUCAUCUGCAAUGCUGGUAUUAUCGUUCGCAAUGAACAGUCUUCAGGAAGCAAAAUUGAUGGCUGUUUACUAGAGGUCGCGCUUAUGUAGUCAUUUCUACUACAUCCUGCUGUGACAAACACAUCAGCAGCGUUUAAUAAGGGAUCCGUGGACUCAGACGUGCGCUUGUCUGUGCUCAAGUUCCGCGCUGCGUUCGUUGCAGCCUUCGUCAAUUGUCGCUGAUGACUUUAACGCAGAGUGUAAAUUUGAGUAGUCCGCAAGAAAGUAGCUUGAAGGCCAAAGCAAAUGUUUAGGUAUUUAGGUGACAUUGUCGCUUUUGUACGUCACUCCAGAAGUGACACAGCAACGUAGCACUCCUCGUCAAUGCCAGGUCACGAUGCAUAACUCUGUUGACGCCUAUAGUCAUGCGUUGCCACCUAAUGCUUGUAGCAAAAUGCUUGAAAAAUUUUCCCGAAAAUGCUUCAUAUCGCGCAGGAAUAAGUGCUUCAGCGCAAACCUUGUGCAAUUCACCUUGCAAUGCAACGAUUGUUGCAUGGUGAACAGGAGAUAAAUCAUAUGUAGACGACUGCACCCCCCACCAUGUUUCUACGUCGUCGAUCGCGUGGACGCGCAAAGAACAUCGAGGUAGCAUUGCGAUUCUGGGUAGCGGAAGUGCCAGGGAAGUUGGAUGUGUUUCACGAAAAGAGCGCGAAAGGACAUACGAGACACGCGCUCAAGUGAAUCGUGCUUCUCAUGGAAUGACAUUGUGCAAGCAAUCCGGGAGGAACGAGAACGACGCACAUAGGUUGUCAUAAGGUGAGCAUGGUAAGCCGAGCAAGCAUCAUUGGAACGCGGGGUGAUCCUUAUUAACGAAGGGCCUCGAACACAUAGCGCAAUGGUUUGCUGGCUGACUGCUGGGAAUCGCUUCAUUCAGUGAGAUAGACUGAUGUCAGCAGCAGAAUGCCCGCGUUUUUUAAACUCUGAUGCCUACAUUUGUCUAUAGGAGUUCGCAGUCAUGCGUCCGAGAGUGGUUGCGUAGGUAAAACUGCGCUUCCUUUUUAUUAUGUACUUGGUAGAGUAAUACCACUGAUUGAAGCUCAUUUUUUUUACAGUAGCGUUUUAUACGUCCCAGUACUUCCUCUUGGGUUAGUUUGUGAAACAUAGCUUCUACAAGACCGGCGCGAAUAGCAUACGUGCACAGAUGAAGUACAUAGAGGAGGCUCUGAGCUUGUUUAUGCACUUCAAUUGCGUAUGUUUGCUCAUUUGAGCCGCUCCUUUUAACACCAAUUUCUACGUUAGCCCGUGAAUCGUAGAGACAGUGCAGUUCCCUUUAUAAAAAUUCGAUUAAAUUUAAUUGGCGUUUCUUCCCAUAAAGAGAGAGAGUGAAAUGGGAGAGUUUGGUUGACAAAAAUUGAUAUUAACAGCUCGACAGGGCCGUGGAACUUGCAAAAGGCAGACGACAGACAAGACGACAGACAUGAUUAUACAGAAUUUCCGAUGAAAUAAAACGUGCACUGACUGCUACAUAUCUAGCUUCGCUAUGUGUCUAGACAUCAUACAUUCCAUUAAAAAAUAUAUGAAUCACUCAUUUUUCAUACCUAUUCCCGGCUUAGUGUAGUUUUUGGUUCCCUUGUAACCAUUGUUUGUAGUUCUUGUGCUUGGCGUGUUCUUCAGUCAAGAAAUAAACAUUCAGUGUUAAAAAGUUGUUGCGACUCAACGCUAGUCCCGCGCACUUUUCUUUUUCGCUCCUUCUACUGUUCGGAGAAGCACAGGCGCGUCCCUCUAGUCUAAUUAUAGUUCUAGUCGUGACUACGGUCCAGGAACUGGGAAGAAACCCUGCCUGCAGGACGCCGCAUCCUCGAUUUUUGCACCUCCGCAUCUGUGUCUACCACAUGCAUGUGCACGUGGCUUGUAGUGCUCAUGUAUCGCAACAGAAUGGAUAACUGGGCUAGUUGGUUUACUAACAUCUUGAAACUGUAAAAGCGUACAAAGACGAGAAACGAAGAGAGGGGACAGGACGAAGCGCUUACUCGGAACUGAAAAAAAUUAUAUUGAAUGGAAACAAAUAUAUGCGCACAAAAACGGAGUACGACGGCUGAGAAUGCGUUACAAGGCUCUCGGGUUAAAUAAUUUGAACGACAAGGUUAAAAGUAAAAAAGUAAUCUUUAAGGACUAGCGACUAAGGUGUUUGGAUAUGUAGACGAUUUCCUUGUCUUAACUAAUUCUACUAAUCGAACCCGGGAUGUCGUAAACAUUUUAAAGGUUUUCAAGGAAAACUGUAUGAAAUUAAAUUUUUCUUUUGAUUUGCCCAGGAUAACCAAUUACGGUUUCUUUAUCUAAGACCGCUUUCAAGCGCUUCGUGUCUCCUGGUACUACCGACCCAGGUCUAUUAAACCUACCCUUACCUACAGGUCAGACCAUUCAAAAAUUGUAAAAAGAGGAAUAAUAAAAACCAGCAUAGGUUCCGCAUUGAAUUAAUCAUGUCUACACAUGAUGGAAAUGAGCUUUCUCAACCAGAUCGACAAGCUUGAACAAGCAGGCUAUCCUCAAUCUGUCAUUAAAUCAGUGUGCGCUAACACUUUGAAGGAAAUAAAAACGAAAGAAAACAGUCACAUCAUGCGGAAAAGUCGUCAUAAAAAUAAUAAAAUUGCUGUCGUUCCGCACCUACAUAGAACAUCACACGAAUGAAAACAUAUAGGCACUAGGCAUAAGGUUGUGGUUCUUCUAAUCGAAAAACAAACUGCAAACAAUUUGUUCGUGUAUUCGCAAGAAGCAACCGUGGUGCAAUAUUAAGCACACCAAAAAUAUGUAGAUUGUGCGAUGGGCAUAGUAUAUAUUAUCCCGUUUAAGUGCGGUAAGGUUUACAUAGGCCAGUCUGGGCGUUGCAUCAACGUGAGGCUACGAGAGAUCUGACGGCAUACAAUUGGCCAGGAACGACGCAUCUAGCCGCCCACUGUAGGGACUGCGGCUGUUGUCCUGUCUUCAAAGAUACUCAGAUUAUCUUCAAAAGCACUAACCAGUUGACCCGUGAAAUGGCAGAGGCCUUCCACAUAAAGAAAAAAAGAGAUAACUGCGUCAGCCGCCCCUCGAUCUUGCUACGUGAUAGGGUAUUCAAAUUUCUUGAUAGAACUUUUUUACUUUUAACGUUGCCUUUCAAAUGAUUUAACCCUAGAGCCUUGUAACGCAUGCUCAGCCGCCGUACUCCGUUUGUGUGCGCAUAUAUUUGUUGACCUUGAAUAAAAUUUUUCAAUUGUAAGUAAGCGCUACGUCCUGUCCACUCUCUUCGUUUCUCGUCUUUUUGCGCUUUUACAGUUUCAAGAUGUUCAUGUAUACGUAACUUCUGCGCUUGCACAUGCAUGUAAUAAUGAAUACUGGACACACUGCCGACAUCUUAUAUUUUUUUUUCAGAUCAGAGAAUGGUGCAUGUUCGUCUAUGUUUUAGGUGUAAUACCAUGCUGGAACUAGGACCCAGAAAAGUAGGUUACAACUGGCAGUACAGACGAUAUCAAUGUGUACUGCAACAAGGACGAACAUAUCCGUUAGAAGUUGCCCACAGAAAUGCAGCUAAAUAAUCUAGCUUUCAGAAGGUCCGGUGAAACUGGGUUUGCAUAUAGCAUAUAUCAAUAAGUAGCUGUAUAAAUCAACCGUGCGACGCAGCUGCUAAUAAGAAGGGACAGAUUUGAUUAUAAAAGUGCAAACCCCAGCCAUGCAGUGCGACACAAAUCUCUCGCUUUGUCGCCUGUCGAAAAUGAGUGACGAGUACAAGCGCGUGCGGCCAGUGCUGCCUCAUUUCUUGACGCGAGAGCAACAAGACGUUGCGUAAUUUUCCCGUGACACCUACGUGUUUGUCGCUGUUAUGUACAUUUGCGGCGUCCUGCACGGAAUCCUGGUGCCAUGUUUCCUCACCAAAAUCUUAUCCGGUUGAGCUGUCAGAACCAGCUUGCGGUCACCUUCCCUUUGAUGCGCUGCUUUACUAAAAUAUGGCGGCACUAGUUUGUGAUGUCUUGCUCUAUUUCCCUCAGGCGGCCUUUUUUCAUGAUGUUCUAGGCACCGGGCAUUAAAGGCUUGGCACGGCCCUAAAUGCCGUCUGAUGGCAAUCGUUUUGCGUUAUGUGCAGCUCUGCUUACUAAUACGUAGGAGAUGACGAGGGCAUUGCACUUCACAUAAAAUGUCAUGGACCUUCUCAGAAACUGGUGGCGUACUUCGGCGAGAGGGUGGCCCGGCCAGCUGCCGUCAAUGAGAAUGUGAAGGCCUCGUACGAAUUUUGCGCUUUCUUCGAAGUUUUGACUUGGCUUUUGUGGUUGUCGGUUGCAUGCUGCUGAACUUUCGGCAAGCAGUACGAUUAUUCUACUGCCUCAAGGAAAAUGGCGUCAUGACAAGACGUCAUGACAAGAGGCUUAUCUGGCUUGGCAGCAUAACCCCUGUGCAAUGUAGCGAAGCGUCCGCGCUGUAUUCUGGGGAAAAGUGAGAAUCGCAGACCGCAUAUCAUGUACUUGAAGGCCCCACGGCAUGCACUAGCAGCCGCCAUCCGCUGACCACACGUGAGAUGUUGCGCCACUUGCCUCAGCAUAAUCUCAGGCGCUCACCUCCGUUUGUCGGUGUUAUUUUUGCAACGGAGCCGGAUUUGUCUACCCUUCCAUAGAUUUUUCAAUGCCCGUGCGUGAAAACUCCCGCCCCCUUUGUGAGGAGGCGGAGCAAACCAGUAAGGCAUGUGCUGACAGCUGGCGUAGCAAGAGAAAGGCUAUGAAACGGGUAGCGUGUCGGACGGAGGUACCAGGCUUACAAAAAAUUAAAUUAUCGGGUUUUACGCGCCAAAACCACUAUCUGAUUAUGAGGCACCCCGUAGUGGACACCCAAAAUUUCGACCACCUGGGGUUCUGUACCGUGCAUCUCAAUUUACACGGGUGUUUUCGCAUUCCGCCCCCAUUGAAAUGCGGCCGCCGUGGCCGGGAUUCAAUCCCGCGACCUCGUGCUUAGCAGCCCAACACCAUAGCCACUAAGCAACCGCGCCGUGUUAGGUACCACGCUCGGAAAGCUGAUACUUACAGCGUUGCGAAUGCGCGAUUCCGCCGAGACUUCGUGGAUAAUAAAAACGUUUGACUUCAGUAUUCCAAUGUGACCGACUGUGGUCAGAAAACGACCCGUUGGUGAUUGCGAACAUCUCUUACCACGAUGUUUACAGCUCCGCUGGUCAUGCAGCUUCGCAGGGCGGGAUGGCCUCGAAUUUUUGUAUUUGCCAUGCUGAAGUGUCUCACAACUGUUCUUAUUUGUAUUGCGGUGAAGCUUAGAUGACCCGUUUAUCGAAAUUGUACAGUCGCGGAAAAGGGAUCUUGCGCGUAGCGCAGCUCUGUUCUUCCUAAAGUUUUCAAGAAGGAUGACAUUUUAUGACCCCUAUAGGGCGUUCCAGUAAGAACAAACGCGAGCAAAAGAAAAUGAACGCGCGAGACACUUGUCAGCAAACCACUCUACUGAAUAAGAUUUUAUAACCUGGCUCUUUCAUGUUCACACUUGGCCCCGUUACUAGCCUAGUUUGUCAAGAAAGAACUUGGAAUUUGCCUUCGUCUGCACCUCUCAGAUGCGCCCACGCGCAGUUAAUGGAAGCGAAACUCGAAGUGUAAUGGUCUGCCGUAUUGAAGAUGGCGACAGUGACAUAGCCAAGGGGUUUUAUAUAUUAUGUAUACCUGUAAAUCUUACUACAAUUACUGGCAAGAAAGAAACAGCGAAUUUUUCUUCUGCGCACAUGGCAGUUGGUAAUGCCUGAAACAAGCCUGCAAUGUCCCUUCCGCCGUCGGAAACACGGCAGAGAAUGGGCUUUGAGAUUCGCUUUCGCUCCGUUCGCUCCGUUCUCUCAAGAUUUAUAGGUCUCUAAAGCAAUGACAAACAAAUAUUAUCGCUCAGGUAAGUCAAUCAAAUACGCUUCUUCUCGAGAUUUCAUUUUUAUGCUUUCUUUACAAAAUUUUAAGAGACGUCAUUCCUGCUUUGGCGCUCGUACAAGAUUAGCGCUACAUUCACUACCCCGCACUCAUAAAAAUCUCUUCCCCAAAUUCACCUGAGGAGACUACAGCUAUUGCUUGAGGCUACGUUCGAGGGGUGCAGACGAACAUAUUCCCUGUUCUUUCUUAACAAGAAGGGCAUGUGACGACGACAAACUUUGCAUUGAACAAUCUGGGCUCAGAAAUGCGAUGCUUCUGCAAGUUUUGAGCCCGAAUGAAGCUGUGGUAAGCGUAAAAUCUUUUUUCUACGAGUUUAAUACAAACUGCACAUCCCUGUAUUAGUGCCCCUAGUAAGAAACAACGUAAGCGUGGUGGUUUACAUGAUUUUUCCAACUUUCAAGCCCGAUGAGGGAAAAUUUGUACAUGUGGAAAAACUGCAGGAGGCUUGCACAGUGCUUGCUGAUCUAGAGCAGCAGGAAAAUGCUUGGUGUUGCUGGCGCCCGUCGUCACAGCAUCCAUGCAUGACGGCAGCCGAACCGGUGCGUAUCAUCCGGGCUGCCGCCAGGGGCGCACGUGACUUUUUGAAAAGGUCCAUUUGUGUGAAGACCGCCGCAUUUCAGAACCAGGUAAAAUGUAAAUUCUGAGGUUUUAGCUGCCACACUAUAAUUAUGAGGCAUGCCGUAGAUUGAGGCUCCAGAUUAAUUGCCCUAAAUGUCAGUACACGUGCUACCCAUUCAGGCCAAUGCUUUUUUACUUACUGAGGAAAAUUAGGAGGAAGUAAUUUGCUCUUAUGAUUUCUGUCACUUUAUUUCCUAGUUCAUGUGAUAAGAUUACUAAUGCAGCAUGUUAGAAAAUUCACGGCCGCUAGUUGGAAUCGGUUGGCGCAGGGCAGGGGUAAUUGAAGAUCACAGGCCUUGGCAAGAUCAAGCCACAGGCCUUGGUCCUGCAGUGCACAUAAAGUAGGCUGAUGGUUAUAAUGAUGUUUAUCCUAUCAGCACGUGCCAAACACACACAAACUGCUAACGCUGCUCUCGUAAAAUCUGAUCAUGGAAUAAAAUAAACCGGUUUGAAAUGAAAAGAUGAGUAAAAAGCAUAGCUGGGCAGGUGUUUCGCCAUGCUUUUGUUCCGACAUUUACAAAAACAAUCUUAAGGCCUUAAACGAGACAUAUGCUGCGACUCUAAGCUAAGCAACUUCGUUUAUGGCGACACAGGUAUACUCUUAUGUAACUUCUUUUGUUACUGUAAUGCUGUAAUAUAGAUGAAAUUUUUAUGCCUUAAGCCUGUUUUAGUCACGGUUCAGCUGGAGUUUUGUUUUCGCAAGGAGCAUGAUCCGUCUCACCUGUAAACGCCGUCAUUGUCUAUCUUAGAAGCUUUCUUGGUGAGCUAAUCCAUUAAACGUAGUUGUGAGAAAAUGUCCUGAAAUUGACACACCUGCACCGAGGGCGGCCGACAAGAGGCGCUAGUCUUAUCCGUACUUUUCUGUCGAUGUGUGUCAAUUUGCGGCCCUCUUGUGAUCUGGCUUCUAUGUCGGAGGUAAUCGACGAUUCUCUCCGCAUUAUUUCAGGACGUAUAUUCAUUAUAUGUCUGAACGGUUUGGUCUGCUGACGAAUAUUCCAAUCAAACGGGCCCCUGCGCAGUCGUUCAUUCUUGGGAACAUUUCAGGUGGGCAUCCAAUGUGCCCCUGAAGACAAGAGUGGUUACUGCGACCAUGAUGGCUUUCGAGAUCAUGCUUAUUUAGGCCUGCAUGGGGAGGUACAAAAACAGGGUUGAAACCAGGCAUGUGCUAACUGCCAGUUGUUAAAACUUUUUUGUGAUCAAUAGAAUUCGAUGUUUGGGGUGUGCUUUGAAAUACUGCUGCUGUAGUCUCCUCAGGUGAAUUUGGGGAAGAGAUCACGUGACGUCUUUAUUUUUAUGAGGGGGGUAGUGAAUGUAGCGCUAAUCUUGUACGAGCGCCAACUCAGGAAUGACAUCUGUUAAAAUUUUGUAAAGAAAGCAUAAAUAUUAAAUCUCGAAAAGAAGCGUGUUUGAUUCAUUUACAUGAGCGAUAAUAUUUGUUUGUCAUUGCUUUAGAGAGCUAUAAAUCUUGAGAGAACGCAGCGACAUUGGUUCUUUGUACUCGGCGCUGUGUCGAAAACUAAUCGCGACAGUAUAGAAAGUGGCAAAGUCGGGGAUUAACACCUCAUGGAUCCUUAAGAAGUGCACUACACUAGCGUUUACGGCGUUGAGCAUUACCAAGGAGAAAAUAAAAUUGGUUCAUAUUGCUUUUAUGAAUGCAGGAACAGAGAUGCAGCUGUUAAAAUAUAUUUGCUUUUGCCAGGUGUACCUUUCGUUAAACAUGGAGUUUGUGUAAACAUUGCGUUGCGUCACAAUACAAUACGCAAAAUAAGCUUUCGGUACCUUUUAUCGAGGAUAUUGCCAAUUUCUUCUCUCUAGGUAAAGCAAGUUUUCAUAAUCCUCAAUGGUAGGUCGGAGUAAUUGUGCAUUGAAACGCAAAAAUUGAGGCUCCGCUCAGCAGAAUACGCAAUUUUAUGAACAAAACUUGAGGACGCGCCCAUACCUGCAAAAUAUUCUGCAUGGACACCGGCACGUUAAAGCUUCUGGGGCUGCUGAAUCAAUCAGAUAGAAUUACACAAUGAAUACAAAAAAGGAAGAAAAAAAGAAGAUGGGCGAAGGAGUAGCGAAGCAACAGGAAAGAAGGGAAAAGAAUUAUGAAAAUACCCAGCAGAGAGCGCACUUGUAGAUAGAUUUUCCAGCAUAGAAUGCCCCGCGAGAACCUUCCUCCCACAGCUGCAGUGGAUACUCUGCAGCACACGGGGCGCCCAACAACGACGCCAAGAAAUACUUCCGAGAUGCGAACCCGCACAAGUAGCCGAGCUCCAUGCCGGCGGAGAAAAACUGGUGGGUUUCCAGCGGCACUGGGAUUCAAACUCAGUACUUUGCGCACAUGAUGAAAGUACUCUACCAUUUGACCAUCGCUGAAAUUAUAGGUAUGUUUAGAGUGAAACAUAAUUCUAACUGAUGGUGCAUGAAGUUUCCGAAUGGAUUUGAAGUGUUCUAUAUGAGCAGCCUGACGAAUGGACACGUACCCUAAAUAACUUUCAAUAAUGCAUAACUUGGAAGGCGUGAAAUUUCUGCAUGGUUGGCUUGCAACAAUCUGUAGCAGCCUGGGGCUAUUCCGGCACCAACGCAGCUGAUGUGAUAUUUCGAUAUCGAAUAAGCCAUGACAAAUGAAUGCCCUGCGCAUGGAGCCCGCGCCGUGAGAAAGCCAGGCCCACAGUUGCUGUCAACGCAUUGUGUCGAACUUGCGCUCUUAGCCUCACAAAGAUAUGCGAAAACCGUUGUUAACACAAGAAGCCGACAGCUAAUAAAGCGUCGGGUAAAUUGAUUGCGUAUUGCUUAGCCAAAAUUGACAAUAAAGCAAGUACACAAGUAAUGAAAACUGCCGCUACGGGCGCUGAACUAACAAUUGAUCUUUAUUGUUGACCGACCGGAGUACAUGGGUACAUAAUAUCGUGCGGGCAAUGAGCAAAUUAGUCAAACUUGGAAAUAAUAGGAAAAACGGGAAUGAGAGCGCAGGAAAACACAAGUGGCCGUCGGUGUGCUGCGAACCCGCGUCCUGUGCGUCAGGACUCGAAAGGCCUCACCCAGGCCUGAGUCAUCGCUAGUGCAGCCGAGUCGCCUCGUGUUCGCACGUUAUGCAUCCAAGCGCUGCUGCAUAUGUCUGCUGUCAGCAUGCACCGUGCACUACCUCGUGCCGUGCGCAAUCUUUCCUCCGAUGAAUGCGUGGCUCGUUUUAGGCGGCUUUCUUUGCUUACACUGGUAGGUGGGGAACCACCUCUGUCUUAUUGGAGCAAAGUGCGAUUCCAAAUUUACAUGGAGGACGCAGAAGUAUGAUAAAAAAGUUGUUCCGCGAGCAAACAACGUUCGCUAGAUUUUUAAUAGUCAAAAAACUCACGGCGGGGAAGAGAUGACAGCAGGCGUCAAUUGUUCGGCUGCACGAUGCGUGGUGGAGGCUUUCUUUAGCACUGCCUGCGAGCCAGCUGCCAAUUCUCCAUUUAUUUAGAAAAAAGAUACUCAAGAAAAAGAAAAACGCCAAAACAAGAAAACAUGCCAACACAGGCGUCCACUUAAAAUUGAAAAGUGUUUGUGUCGAAUAGUUUCAUAUAUGUGUAAAAGAAAUCAGUAAUAGAUCAGUGAAGAAUAGUAAUGCGUGGCGCUUUAACAUCGCAACGAACCGAUCUACGGACGAGCGCAACUAAUUCGCAUGCAGUGCCAUCGAUGGCGCCAAGUUACCUUCUGUAUCGAUCACGUGAAGCACAUCGCAUGCUCUCCACGUUGUUUCGUCGUUGUGCUUAGAGAGCAUGUUGAAUUGUAAUGUGAAGAAUUACAGGAGCUGCGGUUGCUUCGCACUGGUCCUUCUUGACGAGUGAAUCUCAAUUUCUACGUUGCUUUCAGUUUGCCUUGUGGAAAGAGCGCCAAAUAACUGACAAGUGACGCACAAUGCUUGUGGUCCAACGAUAAAGAAACAAAAAGAAAAAUGGACAUAUCGGAAUGUCGCAAAAACGCUUUUGUUUCUCAUUGUUUUUGUUUUUAUGUUGUACGUUUUCUCACCUCACACUUGGGAUAUACAGGCGACGCUCUGACGUAUUUCCGCCUUGUCAGGGGGUGAAAGUAUUAUACACAGCGCGUACUAAUAUAUCUGAUUAAUAGACACGGCAAUUGACACUCCUUGUUCACAAUGGGAGCCUUCAAAAUGCACCUUGUUCACAAGGUCACUGCGGUCACCUUAGUCGGCGCGGGUGUAUUGCUGACUUUCAGGCACGUAUGCACUUGUUCGGCACACGCAAACUUUAGAUGGGGAUUAUUCCAUGCGUGGUGCCUUUUUCGUCCUCGUUCUCUUUCUUCCGCCACGAAACGAAGUCGUACACACUCGUCCUCCUGCAUUUCAGUAGAUCAGUUUCGCUGAACUUCACUCAGAAAAUCGCAAACGACGACCGCGCAAGCAUCGCGUCAUGCCUUAACAUGCCAACUCGUCUCGCCUUACCUCUAAUUCACAUAUACAUCCGCAGGCGAGACCACCAUUCUGUCACGCGAGUUUUCUGUAAAACGGGAAAUCGGCAAUAUUUAUUUUGUUCGACACGUGAACGUCCCCUGACGACGUUAGCUGUCAGUGCUUCACUCAGGCUUUGUUGACGAUGGCUCGUGUUUUGUUGUUCCUGCAAACCUAGUAUAGUACUCUGGUUCACGGGUUGUUAAGCGACAAAUCCGCCACGACUUCUCGGUAACGCUUUACGGUGACCUGCAAUGUACCUGCUUACGUUUCGUGUGACAUUCUUAUGCUUAUAUUUUGCUCUGUGCAUGCUAUGGCUUCCCAUUCACAAUGUUAGGUUGUGCAUACGUGGUUACAGUGUUGGUAGCUCGCGAUGGCCAUGGCAUCGUGCUGCUGAACACGAGGUACACUUUACAGGUGCGGCGGCCGCACAUUCUGUUCAUACCUGAAGGUAAAGACAAUACUAAAGGAAGACACUCGUGUGCACUGCUUUGGAUGCAGGUUGAAAAACACCCUGUGAAAUAAAUUGACGAGGAGCUCUCUAUGACAGCUUAUUGCAUAGUCCCUGUGCAGUCUUUCUGACAAUAAACCCUCUGACUCGAAUCAUUCAGGUACUUGUAACUGCUUCUGCACAAUCCUAUGUAUCCAUUUCGUCACGUUGGCAUGCAAAAUAUAGCUGGAAAUUGGUACUGCAUUUCGAACGCUUACUCUUACUUGCAAAUUUGCUUUGUGCUGCUUAUGGACAUCUAUUUGCUCAUUGCGCUUCACAUGCUGUAAAGUUCUAGCGUCCGGAUGUUGUAAAAGCGUUGCGCGUUAUCGCCUGCUACUUUGAUUAUGGAUUUUGAAUGUAGCUGCUCUGCUGUGUUCUGUUGUUGUUUUUGUCUGCUUAAUCGGCUGGCCUUAACUGCGACGAUAAACACAUUUUAAGUAAGAAAAGUUACAUACAGUAGAAUGGGAACUCAAAUAUUGCAUUUCUGUAACGCACAUACCAUUGGUUAGUGUGGCACACGCCUAAACUUCAGUGUUGAGAACGAGCGGCGCUACAUUAAUGCAAAGCGGUGCAUAUAUCCGCAAAAGCUUGCUACCCUUGUGGAGAUAACUGUUGGGUGACCGUUCAAGGUUAACUGGAAGUGCAAGUGCGGUGACCUCACCCCACAUGUCAUGUUCUACUUUUAUUGAAACUUCCAAUCAUUGGCGAGCAAGCCAAGUCGCUUAGAUUACUCAACGGGAAAGACGAAGAAAACUCCUCUGCUAGAAUCGCUGCCUUCCGCCUCCGCUUGUUCUCGCGUAAUAUUUUCGACGCUUUCGGGCGACCUUGGUUGCUGCUUUUGCUGCUCUCAUUCUUUGCCGCAGCCACUUCAUGAACGCCCCCUAUGUGCUAUCUUUGCAUUCUAUACCGGGACGCUCCUUAUUCAGGAACUGUAUCCCAUGUACCCACAGUCGAACCUGCUCUUGUCUCUACUGUAUAUAUGAAAUGAAAUGAUGUGUCAAGUGAAAAAAAAAAAGAACAUGUAAAAGUCAUCUCUUCCCUGUUUUGUUCAGCACGCAAACAAUUGCUGGCCAAAUAAAGUUCAUUUGUGGAGUUUAAA